AUGGCCUGCUACGUAAAAUUCAAGGCGGAUACGGAUAUUGGAGGCUUUGGAGUCAUGAUAUCCUUCUUAGUCGUCGCUUGGACAAGCACGUUCUUCUCCAGCUUCCGCGCGGUGUACCAGCUGCGCGAGUGGUGGUGCUAUUCCAAGAGCACUGCGGUAUCACAUCGACAGAGAGCUGAACUCACCAGGCUUAAGGAAAGGGUGGCAAGCUUCGAUCCGGUCUUGCUUUCUUUAUGUGACUUGCAAAUAGCCACUGGGCUAGGAAUUGUGGUGGCCGGGUUUUCGCAGAUUAGGACAAUGACGUACUACCAUGGACAGCUCGUUCAAAGCUACUGGUUUCUUACGACAUCAUCCUUCUGGGUGAUACGUGUCGGGAACAAUGACGGCAUUAGUGCCCGUGCCGUGGCGAUUGUGAUCAAUACUAUAAUGGGCAACGCAUUCAACGCGUACACGACGACGACCCAACGGUCCAAUUGGCAUGAGGUUGGCGAUGCCGGGUUCUGCUUUCGAUGGUAUGGCUUUACAUCGAGUUGGCCGUGGGGCUGGACCAUUUUUAUCAGCAUUUAUAUCAUUGAAAUGAUGCUGGAGAUGUCAACUAGGACGAGAGAGUUGCUCAAGGCUGGUUUCGACAAGGUAGACAAAUUGGGGGUGAGACUUCGCAGGCAGUACAGCGAUAGCUUGUACCAACUUAGAGACGAGCGGACUGCUCAGAAGGCAUUCCUUUUUGCCGUAGCCACAGUCACGUCGCUGGUUUUCUGGGUUGGCCAGCUCUUUGCGGCGCUCUUUGUGGACAAUGGCCCCUUCUUUCCAUUGAGAUUUGUGGUAGGCGUUGCUUUGAGUGCAUGGGAGACAUGUGAUGUUAUUUUGUUGAGGGUCUGGAACGACGAGCUACUAGCGGACGAUGAACGCAAGAUGGGAUUUGGUCAGGUCCUGCCGUUAACGUUACUCUUCUCUAUUGUCCUGGUUUUAACAGACAUCUGGUCGGAAAAACGGGAUCGAACGUCAUUGAGUCGUGCCGACAGUCAGUCUCAACGUGGCAGGUUAUUGGCUAUUGUCGACGAGGCAUAG